UCAACUGAGGAGCCAGCAUAGAGCUGCAUGAUGGAAAGACUUGUCCUACAACUGCAACUUUAAACUUGGCAAGAAGCAACAUUUCCCCCUUCUCGGAAUAUUACCCGUAACGUGAACCAUUCACAUAGUUACUGAUGGAUUGUUUUGCUACAUGGCGUCAGAUAGCGCUAGGGAUAUGACAAAUUCUUACAACCAAGAUUUGAGCAAUGGUCUCGAGAAUGUCCCAGUUAGAAUUGACUGCAGCGGUGUUGGUAAAGCUGAAUUUCCCAACUUCCAGUACACACCUGAAAAUGUCCCAGGGCCUGGCUGCAGCAGUGACCCAACUGAGAUCACCCUUCCUGGAUGCCAGUGCCACACGCACUCCUGCCAGAGCGAGAAGUGCCAGUGUCUGCAGCGGUAUGGUCCAGCAUACAGCGACCAGCAGAGGCUACAGGGCCGUAGGGAUGCGGAGAGUGGCUACUCCAGGCCUGUGUUCGAGUGCAACGCCCUGUGCGACUGCAGCGAAGACUGCUCCAACCGUGUGGUGCAGAGAGGAGUAGUUUUCAGACUGCGCGUGUUCCUCUCAGUGGACCGUGGGUGGGGUGUGCGCACUAUGGACGCCAUACCACGCGGCGCCUUUGUGUGCGAGUAUGCCGGCGAGGUGAUUGGCUUGGAAGAGGCUCGGUCCAGGCAGCUCGCUCAAGGACCGGAGGACAUGAAUUACAUCAUUGCCGUGAGGGAGCAUGCCGGUCAGGGUAAUGCCAGGGAAACGUUCGUGGACCCCUUCUCCAGGGGCAACGUGGGACGCUUUAUCAACCACUCGUGCCAGCCCAACCUCUUCAUGGUACCAGUGCGUGUACAUUCUAUGGUGCCCCGAUUGGCCUUGUUUGCUGUGCGGGACAUUGUCCCUGAUGAGGAAUUGACAUUUGAUUACUCUGGCAGGUACAACAAUCAGGCUUCAGAGACCGCAAAUUCUGACCAGAACCAUCUGUCAGAGCAGAGCAACCAAGGAGAAAGUGUCAGUUCCCUGCAGAGGAAACCCUGUUACUGUGGAGCAGUGAACUGCACACGGUACCUACCUCUGGACAUCACUGUUCUCCACAGUUAGAGAAGGACAUUACUGAACAUCACUGUUCCCCACAGUUAAAGAGGGGUCAUCAUUGUAGUCCACACAAGCACACUUCACAUUCUACUUUGUUUUUCAAACCAUGGCCCCAACUGUGCCAGUUACUUUAUGAGUUUAGAUAAAACUGUUCAGAAAGUUGAACUGUAGUUAAUUAAAUGAAGAAAUGCUCAGAUGUUUCUAGCAUCUUGCAGAUUGUCCUGCAGGACUGGAGCUUCGGCAGUACGAACGAUAUACUUUUUGACAUACCACCAUCAUGCGAUCCAAUUCCAUAUGCCAUGCGUGGUGCCAUGGGCUAUUGAUGCCAAUCUCCCUAGCUGAGGGUUGCCUCCCUACUUCCCUCAUUGGCCAGUGUCAUCAUGUUUAUCCCAAGAGAGUAUUGAGGAGAGAUUUGCUUCAGAGAUGUUUAAACAUACCAUACCUGCUGUGGUGAAGCCAUUUUAUUUUUGAAAAGAGGAUGAGUAUCCAUCAGGUUUUACCUAGGUGGAAUGGCCUCUGUCUAUUUGAAAACCGUA